GGAGCAGACCGCUCCUUCCGUUCCUCUCAGCACAUGUUGUGGAGCAGCAGCGGCUGUUGGAGCUGAAGAUGACGGAGAGCAAAGCGGAGAGUUCCUCCCAGAGACCCAGAGAGCUUCUGGCUCUGGACCCGGAGCAUGAGGCCGAGUUCAAGAAGAAGGUCCAGGAGGUGAAGAAGAACCGGGCCAAGAAGGGCAGCCGUCUGACUCCAGGCGUUCUCUACGUGGCUCAUCUUCCUCACGGCCUCUUCGAGCCGCAGCUCAGGUCCUACUUCGAACAGUUUGGGAAAGUCCUGCGACUCCGACUCUCCAGGAGCAAAAAGACAGGGGGCAGCAAAGGCUACGCCUUCGUGGAGUUCGAGUGUGACGAAGUCGCCAAGAUCGUCGCGGAGACCAUGAACAACUACCUGAUGGGAGAGAGGCUGAUCAAAUGUCAGCUCCUCCCCCCAGAGAAGGUCCAUGAGAAGCUGUUUGUCGGCUCCCAGCGGAUGUUCCGGCGCCCGUGCGACCCGGCGGCGGCGCGCUACAACAGGAAGCGCUCGGCGGAGCAGCUGGCCCAGAUGACCCGCCGCCUGCUGCGCAAAGAGUCCAAACUGCGGCGAAAGCUGGCGGAGCGCGGCGUCCACUACGACUUCCCGGGAUUCGCGGCCCAGCUUCCUCAGAAGACCUCCAACGACGUCAAUGUUUCUUCGUGCAGCGAGGACGCCACGCCCGUCUGCACGCCGUCUUUCCUGGAGAGGAGGAAAUCCACCAUAGUCAUCGAAGACGACGACGACGAGGAGAUCGUCAUCAACAUGCCUGCUGUGAAGGACGACGACGACGAUGAUGAUGAUGAUGAAGACUGCUUCGAGGUGGAGGGGAGUGAUGAAGAGGAGGAAGAUGAUGAUGAAGAGGAGGAGACCCAGUGAACGUCUUCAAGGUUCUGAAGACGAAUUGGACAAUGAGGGACAGUCGCAGCUCGGCCCGAUUCCACAGAACAAACCAGAACUGCCGGGACUCCGGAACCGGGCCCACUGCGGGGGGGAGGGGGGGUGCGGCUGGAUCGGAACCGGGCCCACUGUGGGGGGGGUCCAGCUGGAUCAGAACCGGGCCCAGCAGCAGCGCGGUCCCGCUCCCGUUUCCGCUUUUAUUAUUACCCCAAAUUUAUUUCCACCAUUGAAGAAUUUCCCCAGGAGUCCAGCAGGGGGCGGUACCGGCCCGGAGGACAUGAAGCCGGAUGGCGCCGGUCGGUCCAGAACCGUCGAUGGUUUGAUCAGAACCUCUGAGUCCAUCAGAACCCGUCCAAAUGGACCAGAACCUUUAAUGAAGAGGAAACAAACAGCAGCAGCAAAGUGUUUAACCUGCAGACUGAGGCUGAUGUUAAUAAAAGCCUUUUCACUCAACCUUUUCUUCCAUUCUUUACUAAAACUAUAUUUUUAUUUUUUUCAAAGUUGUAAUUAUUGAAGGUUUUCUUUCCCAUUUCCUCUUUAGAAAAUGUUGAUUUGUCAAAGUAAACAUUUUCGCUAAGAUAUUUUGAUUUUGCAUUUCUGACCAAACUAUUACAUCAUUGGAGGCUGUGGAGAAAUGAGCCGUCGCACCGACAAGAGACUUAUAAAACGAGCUCAGAAAUAAGUAAAAAUGUCUUGAAGUUUAUUUAUCCUUGAUUUGAAUCGGUAAAAGAGAUAAUUUGCCAAUAGAAUUCAUAUUUUUACUCUUAAGAUAAUUUGAUAAAAUGCAGUUGAAAUAAGACGAUGUGUGUUUUUCUU